GUAAUUAUAUAAUAAAGUAGACAAAACAAAACUACAAAAUAAAUGGACUUGUAACAAAUUAUCCAAAGACAAUUGUUCCUGGUUUCUGCCAUGAAUGCCACCUCGCCAAAGUCGUCGCUGGUCAAGUUGGGUCUGCAUACCAAUAAACAAAAGACUCUGAAGGUGAUGGUCCUGGGCCAAAGUGGUGUGGGAAAAACGGCCAUGGUGGUGCGUUUUAUUACCCGACGCUUCAUUGGCGAGUACGAUCCCAACCUGGAGAAGAUUUACACCUGCCAAACCACGCUGGACAAGGAGCAGAUUCAGUUUGACAUUCUGGACGCCACCGGCCAGCUGCAAGAACUAGAUGGAGUUAGCCUGGAGUCCAAUAUCCGCUGGGCCGACGCAUUUAUACUCAUGUACUCCAUCACAGACAAGUGUUCCUUCGACGAGUGCAGUCGGCUGAAGUUCCUCAUCAACUACAAUAAACGAAGACGCAAGCUGGGCUCGUCCAGUAAAGAAUACGCACUGGAUAUUCCCGUCAUUUUGGUGGGCAACAAGACGGAUCAGCCGGGCGAUCGAAUGGUCAGCUUGGAGGAGGGUCAGCGCCGAUUCAGGGAGUUAUCCUGCGCCUGUUUCCAUGAGAUUUCCGUCAGGGAGAGUGUGGAUCAAGUGCAGAAUGUUUUUCGCGAUGUGUUCCGCUUCUGGCGAGUCUUCAGCAAGUUCCCCAAGCUCAAGCGCUCCACCAGCGAUGUGGCCAACACGGAUGGCAUCCUCACCCCCGAUUCGGGAUCCUGUUCCUUCUACGAUGCCUCGUCCCUGGGCGUGGGUCGACAUUCCUUUCUGGUCAUCGGCAGCGCCUGCCUGGAGGAGAGCAACGGCGACCACACGGAGUCCACGGAUGAGAUUGCGAGCAGCAGUUUGAGCAGCUCGCGCAGCGACAUCGAUGCCCCCUUCCGGAGCAGAGCUUCCACGGACGGAACCCUGUUGUCCCGGCCACGGAGAUGGCGCUAUCCACCGCCGGGAUGCCUACUGCCACACACGAAUCGCGUGGAGCGACGGAUGAGCAUCUCCACCAGGGGCAGCAACGCCAGUUACUAG